AUGUCGUCGGCGCCGCAGCAAGACGAGGCAAAGCUCCUAUCAGAUGCUCUGGGCACCGUCAAGAUUCAAGUCGUCCAGAUGAAGCGCCAUUUGGAUGCUGAGCAGUUAAUGGACGCCUUGAAGAGUGCAAGCACAAUGCUUGCAGAACUCAGGACGUCCUCCCUCUCGCCAAAGCAGUACUAUGAGCUAUAUAUGGCUGUAUUCGACGCUCUACGCUAUCUAUCGAACUAUCUGUACGACGCACAUCAGUCGGGCAAGCAUCAUCUCGCAGACUUGUACGAACUGGUCCAAUACGCGGGCAAUAUCGUCCCCCGUCUCUAUCUCAUGAUCACGGUCGGUGCCGUCUACAUGAGUAUCCCAGAUGCACCCGUCAAGGAGAUCAUGCGCGACAUGAUGGAGAUGUCCAGAGGCGUUCAGCAUCCAACGCGUGGUCUAUUCUUGCGGCACUAUCUUUCCGGUCAGACUCGCGACCAUUUGCCUAUAGGCAACGAUCAAGGUCCCUCUGGUAAUCUUGCAGACUCUAUCGGCUUUGUCUUGACCAACUUUAUUGAGAUGAACAAGCUCUGGGUUCGAUUGCAACAUCAGGGUCAUUCACGAGAUCGAGAAAAGCGAGAAUUGGAACGCAAGGAGCUGCGUAUCCUCGUCGGCACAAACCUGGUCCGCUUGAGCCAGCUCGACGGAGUCGACCUCGCCAUGUACCAGCAGACUAUUCUCCCUAGUAUCCUAGAGCAAGUCGUCAACUGCAAAGACGUAAUUGCCCAAGAGUAUCUCAUGGAGGUUGUCAUUCAGGUGUUUACCGACGAGUUUCAUCUCCAUACUCUUGGCCCUUUCCUCUCCGCUACUGCACUCUUGCAUCCCAAAGUCAACAUCAAGCAAAUAGUUAUUGCGUUGAUCGACAGGCUAGCCUCGUAUGCAGCGAGAGAAGCAGAAAACGAAGAUCCAGAGGAGACUAAGCGCCAAGAAGAGGCUGCUGCCAAACGACUCGCCGAGCGUGUACGGGUGCAAAAAGCGAGAGCCAAGGAGACUGGACUACGUUCACCGGGCAUGUCUACGGAGGACGGCUGGGGUGGGUCCCCACAUGUGGAUCAGACGACGCCUGCAUCUCCAGAAUCAGCGCCUCCUACAGAGGAUGGGCCCCCAAAGCGGUUUAGAGGCAUCCCUGAAGAUGUCAAGCUCUUCGAAGUAUUUUGGUUCCAAGUCGUUGAGCUUAUCAAGGCCCGCCCAGAUUUGCUGAUUCAGGACAUUACUGCACUCCUAGUCUCUCUCACAAACCUCUCCCUCUCUUGCUAUCCUGAUCGGCUGGAGUAUGUGGACCAAGUACUCGCAUUUGCCACGCAAAAGAUCAACGACUUCCGUGACUCUAACCGCAGGAAUAGCCCCGAACUACACAAUCCACAGACAACGAGCAACCUUCUAUCCCUCCUUGCGGCACCAGUCAACUCGUAUCAAUCCGUCCUCACGCUCCUGGCUCUUCCUCGAUACGUCCCACUGCUCUAUCAGCAACCUUACAACUCCCGAAGGUCGUUGGCUCAUUCCAUCGUCUCCUCAGUUCUUAAGAACGAAACUGUGAUCGACACACCCGAGGACGUUGACGGUGUACUCGAGCUCUGCCAGGUACUUAUCCAAGAACAGGUAGAAUCGGUGCCCGGUGUGAACGGAAUGUACAGUGGUCAGAGGCCGCGCGCCGGAGUGCAGUCUUUGGAUCUCGAGCAAUUAGCCGAAGAGCAAGGAUGGGUGGCGCGGAUGGUACAUUUGUUCAGAUCUGAAGAUUUGGAGACCCAGUUCGAGCUCAUGCGCACGGCUCAAAGGCACUUUGAGAGAGGAGGGGAGAGAAUGCGCUUUACGUACCCUUCGCUUAUUACAGCCGCCAUUAGGCUCGCCAGACGGUACAAGCAGCGACAACAAGAGGAGUCGGAUUGGGAGAACAGAGUAAUGACCCUGCUCCGUUUCAUCCGGCAGCUCAUCUCUGUCCUCUCGACGACGGUAGAAGCGCAUUCCAUCUCGCUACGCCUAUUCCUACUGGCCGCUCAGAUUUCCGACGAGUGUGGUUUCGAGGAUUUUACAUACGAGCUCUAUGUACAGGCCUUUACUGUCUACGAGGACAGUAUCAACGACAGUCGCGCACAAUUACAGGCCAUCACGUUGAUCAUCAACACUCUGCAAGGUGCCAAGGUGUUCAGUGUCGACAACUAUGACGUUCUUAUCACCAAAGCGGCACUCCACGGCGCCAAACUCCUCAAAAAGCCACAUCAGUCAACUGCGGUCCACAUGGCUAGUCACAUGUGGUGGCAAACACGAGCUCCGAGUCCAGAUUCCGAGUCGGAGUCGGCAUCAACAGAACCAAAGGUAGCUGAACCGUCUGAAGGAACCCCCGUGACACCAGAGCAGGCUAAGAGCUACCCUCAUAGGGACGGAAAGCGCGUUCUCGAGUGCCUGCAAAAGUCUCUCAGGAUCGCCAGCUCUGCAAUAGAAGAAAUUGUCACUGUUCAACUGUACUGCGAUACACUGGAUCAAUACUUGUACUACCUGGAUCAUGGUGUGACAGAGGUCACUCCAAAAUUCGUCAACAGCCUUGUUGAGCUGAUAAGCAGCAACAUUGAAAAUAUCAGCAAUGUCGAUAUUCACCCCACCCUGCGCGCUCCCCCUGGUCUGAUCGAGGGAGUUCAGGCACCAGAGAUGAUCCAACGUCAUUUCCGAAAUACAUUGGCUCACAUUCGCACACGAAAGGCGGCUUCUGCACCUGAUAGCCCGUGGCAGCAGGUCUCCAUUGUGGGUGCUUUACUGAAGUUCAAUCUUGGCUCGUGA